AUGAUACCAUCUUUGAAAAGAAUGGUAUUGAACAUAAGCGACUCAAAGAGAAACUUCGGGGAUCACCAAAAGCGCUUAGACCAUAACAUUUACAUAGCCACCAAGGACAGCAAGAAGAUUGGGGCAUAUCUGUUAGAGCCUGAAGGAGAUAGAAUCCCAGAGGGGUUCAUCGUUGCCCUCCAUGGGAAGGGAUGUUCUAGAGAAGAUUAUGUAUCUUCUUCUAAAGUCGACAUUCUGGUGAGCAAGGGGUACUGUGUUCUCAUUCCGGACUAUCGUGGGUUUGCAGACUCUGAGGGAGAAUUCGAUGUCUCCAUGGUCAACUUGGAUGUUAUGGCAUGCUUUGAAUAUCUUAUCUCAAGAUUUAACGCCGAAGAGGUUCACAUGGUUGGGCACUCGUUAGGAACAGGGAUAAUGGCGGAAUAUUGCGGGUACAUAGAGAAGAAUAGUUUAGGCACAAGAUAUCGUCCACAAAAGAUGUUCAUGAUCUCGGCAUUUACAUCAAUUACUGAUGUAGCCAUGGAAAGUGUUGCUUGCAGGAUCAUCAGCUUUCUGUUUCCUUGGAUAAAAGAGAAGCUUUCAAAAGAAAUGGGAUACGAUACAUUAAAGAAUAUGGAGCAUGUAAAUGGCGAGGAUAUUUUCCUAUACCACGGGAUGAAGGAUGACAUCAUUCCCUAUCACCAUUCCAUUAUGUUAUCGAAGAAGUAUGGAGCCAAGGUCAGGCUUAGCGACCAUGGCCAUGGAAAUAUUCUUAGAGAUGAGGAGUUAUGGAAUGAUAUUCAUUUGAAUAUUUCCGGUAGUUCUUAUAAAAGUAAAAUGUGA